AUGGUUGCAAAGUUUAAUUUUACGCGUAAGAUGAAUUUAGUUAAAGUAUAUGAUGGUAAAUUCAUUGGAGGUGGAUUACAAUUGAAAUCAAUUGAUGAUGAUAAUGAUAAUGGUAUAAUUUGGUGUCCAUGUCUUAAUUUAAUAUUUAUGAUUAUGAAUAAAACUUCAAUUUGGGUUUAUAGAAUUAAUGGGGAACGAAUAUAUUCAAUUAAUAAUAAAUCAAUUAUAAAAUCAAUUUGCUUUAAUGAUAAUGGUAAAUACUUUGUCACAUGUGGUGCUGGUACUUCUACUGAUGGUAAUGGUAUAAUAAAGAUCUAUGAUUCAAAUAAUGGUAAUCUAAUUAAAGUAUUGGAUUUAUCAUUUAAUAAGAUUGAUUUCAUUCAAUGGAAUCUUCAUACUAAUCAAGAUGCAUCUCAGCAAUCAUUAUUUGAUAUUAAUUUAUUAAAUAAAUUACCAAAAGUAUCUUCAAUUGAUAAACAAGAAGAAGGCGGUUUGCUAGAGUAUCUAGUAAUUGUUGAUGAUUCGAAUAAUAUAACAUUGAAUUUUAAUAAAUUAUUAACUAUAACGGGUAUUAAAUUACCUCAAGAUUAUCAAAUAUUACAACAAUUAAAAACAGGAUUAUUUGAUCAAAUUUUCUUAGUUAAACAUGGUGAUUAUAAUUACAAACUUUUAGCAUUGAAAUAUAAUAUUGUGGAUAAGAAUAUCUUGAUUGAUGUAUUAAUUAAAUUAUGUCAAUUAAUUAAAUAUCAAGAUUAUGUCAAAUCCCAAUUGAAUGAUUUAUAUAAACAGAUAACACCAUUUAUUCAAUUACUUGAUAGAUAUAUGUCUAAUUUACAAUCAGACAUCAAUUAUCCAAUCGCUAACUACUUAAAUGAUAUUCUUCUAACGGGAUUAAUUACAGAUGAAUCAACUAAAGAUUUCUGGUUAAAUCAGUUCGGUGAACGUGGCUAUAAGAAAUUGAAUAAAUUAGGCAAUUCAAGUUAUGAUUUAUGUCGACAAGUAAUUUAUCAACAUUUAAUUUCAUCAAAUGAAAGAAUGAUCAUAUUAAUUAAUGAUUUAAAAGGAAUAUCUAUUUGGUUAAAAGAUUCAAAUUCAAAAGAUGAUUUGGGAUUAAAUAAAUGCAUCAUACAAGAAUUAAUUUCAAUAUUAAAACAUCAAAUUAAACUAUAUUACAAAUGCUUAUGGGAUAUUCAAAAUGAGCAAAAGCUAUUUAAUCAAUUUUUGAGUUGGAUUAAAACAAGCAUUAUUGAUAGAUUAUCAAAAGAAGAUGAAGACCAACAAGAGGCUAGUGAUAAUGCAUCAAUAUCCAUAUCGGAUAUUUUACAGUAUAUUAAUGGGAAUUUAUUUAAUAGUGUUCUAUGCAAAUAUUUCCCUUUUGAGGAUGAUUUUGAAACUAUUCGGAUAGGCGAUCCAAUUUGUAAUCUAAUUGAUGAAGAUAAUAAAUUGGAAACUAAAUUGAAAUCGUUAUUAUCAUCAGUAAACUCAUUCCAUUUAUCAAUAUUUAUAUUUCAAGAAAUCAAAUCAAUUAAUUUACCAAGCGGAUAUACAAGUUUAAAUCUACAAAGAAGUAAUGAGCAACAGUUAUUAUUAUAUCUUAUUGAUAAGGAUUCUAAUUUACAAAUUAUGAAUGUUGAAACAAAUGAAUUCAAAACUAUUCCACAGCAUAUUUACAAGCAAUGA